AUGGUACGAACUAAGAGAACACAGCCCGGAGCAGAACCCGGACCUAGCUCUAGGAGUUCGCCCCGGAAACGAGCUCACCGAGGCGAUGAUGAGGAACAAAACCCAGACACACCAUCUCAAAAGCGCAGUACCCAGCCACCACCCAAGACUCAUUCUAAUAGUACUACGGAUGGACACCGCUCCGAAUAUGAUUUCCCUUCCGAUGAAGACGAGAUAGGCCCACCUGUUAAAGAGACACCGAGCAAAAAGAAGCAGACCGAGGCGAACGGUGGACUUUCGACACCGCGAGGUCGAAAGAAAAGCGAAGCCCAGUUAGUAACACCCUCAAAGACAAGUAGUACCACUACUGCGCAGACACCAAGGUGGAAACGGAACGAUCGCUCUGCGAGAAAGAAGAGUGCCAGGGCUCUGAUCGAACAAGUAGUAGGCGGAGACGGGAGCGAUGAGGAAGCAGAUGAAGAUAUUGCGAGGGAAAUAUACGAAUCAAGCGAAGAUGAGGAUGAAGACGAGGGAGAAGACGAGGAAAACGCUCCGGAAGAGCCUGCAACUCCGUCCGGGAAACCUCGACGCGGUCGACCGAAAUCACAACAUACUACGAAGCGGGCCAGGAAGAAAUCCCCGACUCCGCCCCGAGACUUACCCCCCCACGAGCUGUAUUUUGCGCAAACCCGACCCGGUGCCUCCAAGACAUCGAACAAUACUCUGGCGUCCUUGAAACUCCUAACUCACGACGAGUACUUCUCCCUCCUUCGCGAGUACAAGGAUCCACAUGCCGAAGAUAUAGAAUUCCUCGAGUCGAUACACCUAGAGUCCUUCCCGCAGUGGACAUUCGAGCUCUCUCAGGGGUUUAGCGUGUGCUUAUACGGGUACGGGUCGAAGAGAGCUCUUCUGCACAGAUUUGCGAAGCACGUUUACGACAAAUACUCGGACCACAUCGUCAAUAAGAUCGUUAUUAUCAACGGGUAUGUGCGCACAAGCUCUCUGCGGGAAAUUCUGGGCACGGUGGCGAGCGCCGUGAACCCCGCCCAUAAAGUUCCAUCCGGCAAUCCGUCCGCUAUGCUGGAUGGUGUGAAAGCACUACUCUCGUCCCACGACGUGGUGGUUACGGUCAUCUUGAACUCCAUCGACGCGGUUCCUCUGCGGAGGGUGGGGAUACAGCCCGUUCUCGCGCAAUUAGCGGCGCACCCGAAUAUUCGGCUCAUCUGCUCUGCCGAUACGUCGGACUUCCCUCUUCUCUGGGACAGCAGCUUGCGGUCCUCGUUCAACUUCGUAUUCCACGAUUGCACGACGUUUGCUCCUUUCACGGCAGAGCUCGAAGUCGUCGACGAUGUGCACGAGCUCCUAGGCCGGAAGGCAAGGCGUGUUGGCGGCAAGGAAGGCGUGACGUACGUCCUUCGCAGUCUGCCCGAGAACGCUAAGAACUUGUUCCGGCUACUUGUUGGCGAAGUUUUGGCGGCUAUGGAUGACGCGGGCGGGUUCGACGGGGAGAACCCCGGAGUGGAAUAUAGGAUGGUGUAUAACAAGGCGGUCGAGGAAUUCAUAUGCAGUUCGGAAAUGGCUUUCCGUACACUGCUAAAGGAAUUCCAUGACCACCAGAUGAUUACCAGUCGGAAGGAUGUCCUGGGCACUGAGCUCUUAAGCGUGCCUUUCCAGAAAGAAGAGCUCGAGGCAAUAUUAGAAGAUUUAAUGUCAUGA